UGAAAAGUUGUUUCAGUUCAAGUUGAAGCGUAGUCGUAGAUCGACCGCUUUUCUCUACUAUCUCCGUCUUCGUUUGUUUUUGUUUAAUUUCUGUUUAUUGAUUGGAUGAAAAACCGUAAACUAUGCCAGUAUUCUAUGAAAAUGUAAACACAACCAUAACUUCAGAAUAUCGUGCGGCCAGUAAAUUCGUUUAUGUGUAUCCGAAAACGAAUCCGCAAACGCCACUCGGUGCUAGCUGGAAAUUCGGACCAUGCUUCCUGCCGGAAAAGAGUAAACAUUACAUGGAUACGGUGGAGAACUAUGAAGUGCGACCGGAUGAUAUAUGGAGUGUUACAUUCGCCAAAGCUGGUUCGACAUGGACACAGGAGAUGAUCUGGUUGCUGACAAACAACUUGGACUAUGAGCGUGCCAAGCAAUCAGUAUUCGAACGAUUUCCGUAUGUUGAAUUCGACCUAAUCUACGAAAAUGUCGAGAAAAAUGUUAUCGAUUUCACCAACAAUAUGCCGUCGCCACGAUACCUGAAAACGCAUCUUCCAGCCGGAUUGUUACCGAAACAGCUAUGGACAGUGAGACCGAAAAUUAUUUACACUGCUCGCGGAGUCAAAGAUUUAGCCAUUUCAUUUUAUCAUCACAUGGUGCACAUUCAAGGUUACAAGUGCAGUUUGGAUGAUUUUCUGGACUCAUUCUUGGAGAAUAAAAUGUUCUUGUGCCCGUACCAUUCGAACGAAAAAGACUUUUGGUAUUUGCGAAACGAGGAGAAUGUCUUAUUUUUGCGGUACGAAGACAUGAAAACCGAUCUGAUGGGAAGUAUCGAAAAAACGGUGGCAUUUCUGGGCAAAGAAUACUCGGAAAAGCAGCUGCUUAAAUUGUCCGAUCACUUGUCGUUUGAUUCAAUGAAAGACAGUUCCACAUUUAAUUUGGCUAAGUGGGUUGGAACGAAUACCGACUUUAGAUUUUGUCGUAAGGGAAAAAUUGGGUCUUACAAGGAGGAAAUGCCAGAGAAGUUUAUCGAAAAAUUUGAUAAAUGGACAGAUGAAUAUAAUCAACAAAAUGGCACGUGCAUUAUCCCUUGAGCAACGAUUGAAUCUCAUAAUUUGCUGCUAGAAUUUUUGGUGUAAGACUAAGUUUGUAGGCUAAUAAAUUAAGGCUGCGGAACAUUAGAAUUUCCUAAAUUAUUAAUUUUCGCAGUAAUGUAUCGGAGAUCCGUCAAAGUCUAAAAGGCAAGGUUGAACCCCAGAGAACUAAAAAUAAUCUGCCUGUCUGGUGUCAAGUUGAAAAUUACACUUAGGAAGACAGCCUGGUUUCAAUUAGCAUUGGGAUUGGAUGUAAUGAAGUGUUAGUGUCCUGAUCAAUAUUUUACUAGUUUCACUGACUGUUUUGACUGACUUCUUAUUGGACUACAGCCUGUUAGAUGGUCGGUUAUUUUUUUCAAAAAAGUAAAAAAAUUCAGCUGGUUUAUUCAUUAAAUCUAUAAUGUUUGUUAUAUUUAUUAAGUCUAUUUUUGUAGGGAAUGCUUUACAAGCAAAAAUGUUACAUAGCGAACGAAAUGAAUAAAUAAAUUAUGGCCAA